GGAGAAAUAAGCUUGCUUCUUUGACAUAUAUUUUUUAAACUUAAAAUCCUGAUGGGUAUUAUGUUUUUUUUAGUUACAAGGGCAUAAAUGGUAAGGGGAAGAUGCUAUUAUGAGUAAAAUUACAGGUUUGGUGUUGUUAGUUGUUGAAAAAUAAAUCCAAAAUCCAAGGCACAUUGAGUUCCUUUGAGGUUUUGGGACGAUUUGAUCAUUGAGUUGGAAUCGGGAAGACUGCUACACUGCUUCAUUGCGUUUCUUGACACGGAUUCAGAUAUUGUUGGAAAAAUCAUCAGAGGCAAGCGAAACUAUUCCCGUUACUCUGGUUUACUGACGUUAACUUCUUUCACUUUAUAUCUCCAAGAUGGGCCGGAGUAUAAUAAAGAUGAAACUACAUAUAACCGACCGAACACGCCAUCAAAUUGUGAGGACUGUCUAUGCGAUAGAGAGAAAGUAUAUAAUAUUUGUUUCUCGGGUGAAAUUGGUUCAUUUGGAUUCAAUGAACAUUUUGAUAUCAACCAAACUAAGCAACGUAGAGUUCCAACCGCGGAUGCCGGAAGCAUUUAACAUCAUAAAUAUGCCUAGAAGAAUUUUUAAUUCCGUGUGAGACAUUUGGUGGUGUUUUUUUUUUUGAAGUUUUGACAACUUUUACGAGUGCGUUGCUUUUAUUGUUGAUCUACAUUAAUGUUAGACAUAUUAUGGUGAAUUUUUUCAUGUAUGG